UGUGAAAUUAAACCAAAGUACUGGAAAAUAUGAAAAGAAUGUGAAAGGCAAAGGUGGCCGUGUUAUCUAAAGUUCACACACUUUUGCAUAUGCACAUAUGGAUAUGUAUAGAUGUAUCGAUAGGAUUGUAAAAAGUAUCUGAAAAUGUAAUACACACACAUGCACAUGAGUUUGCGUAGGGGAUACAAAAAUAACAAUAGCAAUAGCAGUAGCAACAAAGAAGUCUGCGUUUUUAACAUAUGUUUAACGCCCAAGUGGUGCAUGAGGUGUGACUGCAAGUGUGAGAAGCAAACACAAAACGUUCCAUGGAAACAACAGUGCCAAUGUCAAUGUCAAGCCCAAGAAGCCUCCUUAGACGAGAGAAAUAGGGUGUCAGAAACAAGUGUCAACUACUCUAAACAACAAAAACAUAAACAGCAGCAGCUGGAGCUGAAAUUAAAAUUGAAAUUAAGGCGCGCCAAACGCUGGAAGAGCCGUGCAGCGCACUAUGGGCAAUUGCCUGAAAUGCUUCCAAUUCCAGUCUACGUCGUCUACGUCCUCCACCUCCUUAGCCGCACAACAACAACAAUUGCCUGCCAACUGCAUCACAGCCAACGCCAACAGUGGCAAUUGCUACGAUAUUGUGGCUCUAAAUGCAAAUGAGCGUGGCGCUAACUACGAUAGACAACGCGAAACUGAUGAAUUGCUCUCUAAUCGAACUCCACUCAAGCCAGCAAACAAUUGUGAUACUAAACGUAAUAGUUUUAAGUCUUUAGGCUUGCUUAAUGGCAGUGCGCCCACCAUGAGCGAAAUUAUAACAACUGCGGUCAAGGAAACCAUGGAGGUCUCACAUCAGACGCUCAACAAACUAUUUGAACAAUACAAGGAUCCAGAUGAGGAGGAUAUGAUUCUAACCGAAGGUAUUGAGCGUCUGUGUAAUGAUCUUAACUAUCAGCCCGAUGAGUUUGCCAUACUUGUGCUGGCAUGGUGCCUAGAUGCGUCACAAAUGUGUCGCUUUACCAAGACCGAGUUCAUUGAUGGAUUGCACAAGAUGCGGGCGGAUACGAUAGCCAGCAUUCGACUUAGACUUGAGCAGACUAUUGAAAUGCUCAAGGUCGACUCUGAGAUGUUUAAGCAACUGUACCGCUUUACCUUUCGGUUUGGCUUGGAUCCAGAUCAACGUGUAUUAUCGCUAGAAAUGGCAAUCGAUUUAUGGAAACUUGUGUUCACUGUACAAACACCUGAUCUCUUUGCUAAUUGGAUAGACUUUCUCGAAAAGCAUCCGAAUAUACGCCGCAUACCCAAGGAUACAUGGAACAUGUACCUCAACUUUACUGAACAAUGUGAUAUAGAAAAUUACGAUGAUACUGAAGCGUGGCCAAGUCUCUUUGAUGACUUUGUGGAAUAUGAAAAGAAUCGAGCGCGGGAGCAUGGGCCGGCGGCCAUCCAUGAUGAUGACAACAACAAUGAUGAUCCGCUGCAGUGUCAUGUGAAAGCCAAUCACGUGUCAUAGUUUAGGCCAAGUUAGGCAGGUAGCCAAAAAAGCAAACAUUGUAACUCGCCAAUAGAAAUUUAACGCUGUGCAAUUUAUAAUUCUCUCGCUCUCUCUAUCUCCAUUUAUGUUUUUCUUUGUAUCUUUUUACUAACCAAUAUCUUAUACUCCAAAUUGAUUUAUAUUCGCUGGUGUUAUAGCAUUCGCUUUUUUGUUUAUGUUUUACCCAGCAGUCCAGGGUCAAGGUAUGCGGUGCUGGCGCUGCUCAAUGAUGAUUCAUUUACAGCAUACAACAACAAGUAGAUUAACAAAUGCAGCCCCAGCUAUCGUGAUAAUUUACCUUCCAACAUAUGUAUAUAACGCAUAGCUAGGGGCAAUGUACAGACAUUUGAUUAUAAAUUUAUAAAGACUUAUCAACAAGAAUUUCGAAAAGAAAAAGCUCAAUCAUACGAAAUGUUUAAACCUGUGUAUAUGUUAAGCUAUUUGAUCAAGUAGCAAUCAUAGCUUCAAUAUGUGCAAAUCGUUUAUACACUAUAUAUACAUAGGAACAUACAUAUAGCAAUUAAUUAAUGUAUUAUUUUAAAUUGAGAAAAGAUUGCAAACACUUUAUG